AUGACAGCGGGUUCUGUCUCAGUGCCUCAGCUCAUACCUCUCCAAAUCCCUCUUCCUGGGAAGACUAAGCAUGAAAUAGACACAAAUACUCCUGUAGAAAUAAAGUCAGAUGGAAGCAAACCAGAACUCACUAGGAAACGUGGCUAUGGAGAACAUAGUACUUUGAAGUAUAAGGAACCUAUCGUGUUACCAGUUGGGAAAAUAACAGUGAAGGCACUGGCAGUUACCAAGGACUGCAGGGAAAGUGCCAUCGUAACAAAGGUGUUUCUGGUAGAAUACAAACCACCAAACACCCCCUUCUCUGGUGAAGAGAAUGAUAAGAAUUUCCUAAAGGAUCUCUUCAUGCAGGAAAGUGAAAAUGAUGCGUUUACUACAAAACCAAAGAAGAACGGAGUGAAUGUGGAAAUCAAGUCUGCCUGGAGUGAAGCACGUCAAGAUUUUCAAGAGCUGGAGGCAGAAGGGAAAGCUGCUCACAGGUCCCUGAAAGGACCACAGCUCCUGACCAUUCGUAUGGAAACAGCAGGAUGCAGAGAGGAAUCCAGCUCAGUGCCACCCACAGAGUCUCUGCAGUUUGCUAGUUCUUCUGCAGUGACCAGCCGGAAGAGCCUGGCAAGCACACAGACUGCAAGAAUCCAGAAGGAGACGGAUUUCCUCAAAUGUGCUUGCUGUUCCACACCUCGCCCGUGCGACCCCCUGGCUCACUUCUGUCAGGAAUGUGGAUCUCCUGUCCCACCCGUGCCAGUACGGCGCUUCCCAGCCCCGGAAGGAACACAGAUGGCACCAUGUGUUGAAUGCAGAUGUCUGGUGCCAAUGAAUACACCCACCUGCAUUAUAUGUGAAGCACCUAUAGCUCCACAGCUGCAGCCCCAAACCACCAUCUGCUUAAAGGGCAAAGUAAUUUGUCGGGCCUGUGGCACUGGAAAUCCUCUUCACCAUAAACACUGUGUGACUUGCGAAAGCAAACUGCCUGAAGCACAGCUGCCUCCGUUUGGAGGAGACACCCCGCAACUUCUCCCCGGGCAGCAAGGGAAGACGAUUGCCUGCUCAAAAUGCACUCGUGUGAACCACUGUGAUAGCAGGUUCUGUGACUGGUGUGGAGCCAAGUUCAGCCCCACUCCGUGCUACUUCGCUUGCUUCAAGUGUGGGACCACCAACCAACCAUACGCUCGGUUCUGUGGCUCCUGUGGUGUUUACAUAGAGCCCCAGGAGAGGGGCAUUGCUCACAGCAGCACAUUGACGGGUGCUGGGGACUCGCUGGUCCCCUCGGAGGCUAAAGGAUUCCAAGCUGAAGGUGCCUGGCAGCCCCUUCCAAUUUCCUCAUCCAGACCAAGAGUGGAUCUAAAUCAAAGAGAAGAUAAAGGAACCCAAACCACUGGACUUUUUUACCCAUCUAGCAAACUGCUGGAGAAGAAGGAGCUUGAGAUGGUUUUGCAAAAAGAAAAGCUGGAAAAGAUGAGUGAUCAUAAGCCUCUCCUAACAGCCAUCAGUCCUGGAAGGGGUUACUGGAGAAAACAGCUGGAUCACGUCUGCGCUCACCUUAGAAGCUACGCACAGAACAACCGUGAGUUCAGAGCACUGAUCGGAGAACCUCGCAUGGGAAAGGUAGGAAUUUAUGAGUAGUCACACAAAGUCCUAUUAACAUUAAAUUAUGCUCUCGCCCUUAACAAGGAUUCUCUUGCCAGUAAAGCAGUGAGAUUCAGCAGCUGUGACCUGGGCACUGCAGCAGAAGGCAGAGAUGGACUGGAUGGCAGUCCCGCUAGUUCAGGCGAAGAGGAUCAUAAUCUUUCACAUUUGCGAAGCAAAAUAAAGCAAACGAAGUUAAAAGACUUUACAGAAAAGGAGGACAAGCUCCCCUCUGAGUCCAGGCAACUACAGGAAGAACCGGGUGCGAAUGGGGAAUGAAGAAGUGCUCUGGUGGAACAACUGCUCCAUGAAGGAGUCGAUCCCAGGCGCAUGGACAGUGAGGACGGACCUGUUCCAGCAGGAGCUGCCCCUGCCAGGCACGUGGACCUGCCACCUUCCCUGUCCUCGCACAGAGGUGCCAGUAUUAGGCAGCAGCCAGGUCAUGAGUGA